UUCACCACCACCGUUGGGAGAAAACUGAAGGGCUCGCGCUUUCACGUGCCAAGGUAAAAGAGAAUCUGUUGAACACCGGGUGGUCAUAAUCUGAAACCAGGUGAGAGAAGAGGGGGAAAAAAGAUAUUAAAGAAAAAAUAAAGGCGAGCCAUGAAAAAACACCUGAGCCCCACGAAGCAGCAGCAUCAUCACCAUCAGCCGCCGCCCCCACCGACAGACAUCCCGGCUGCAGGCGGUGAGGUUACCGUUCAGCAGCUCAACCAGCUUCUCUCCGACGGCAGCGGCUUCUACAACCUCCCCACCCAGCACUACAACGAGGUCUUCCCCAAGAUUUAUAUCGGGAACGCGUUUGUGGCCCACAACCCAAUGCGACUGCAGAAACUCGGGGUGACGCACGUCCUAAACGUAGCAGAGGGUACCUCCUUCAUGCAUGUCAACACCAGUCCGGAGUUCUACGCCGGGACUGGGAUUACAUACCAUGGCAUUCCAGCCAACGACACAGAGGACUUCAACCUUAGUGCCUUCUUUGAGGAGGGGGGGGAUUUUAUAGACAAAGGACUGGCGCACCAUAAUGGCAAAGGGAAGGUGUAUGUCCACUGCAGAGAAGGCUACAGCCGCUCUCCGACCAUGGUCGUUGCUUACCUCAUGAUACGACAUAAAAUGGAUGCUCGGCAGGCUCUGGCCACCGUGAGGCAGAAGAGAGAGAUCGGCCCCAACGACGGCUUCCUACGCCAGCUGUGCCAACUCAACGAGAAGCUGGCAAAGGAGGGCAAGCUGAACGGAGAGGUGGGGAAAACAAAGACCAAAUGAAAACAGGAGAGAUGUCUAAAGGACCCGUCUCUUCUCGUCAGGCCGAUCGCACCCCGACGGAACCAGCACCCAUCUAACAUAUCAGGGGUACAAACAUGCAUUUAUCUGUGUAAAUACCUGUCCUUCAUGUAUGCACAAACAGUUAAAUUUUCCCACCUUCUUCUCUAUUACUCCAAACUUCACCUCUGGGCAGAAUUUCUCUAAAUUUGAAAGAUGACAAGCGUACCUUCAUAACGCAUUCUUUUGAUUUCAAUACGAUUUUAAUAAGAGAAAAACCUCCCCUGAUUUUUAAGCUAUUCUUACAAAUUUGUAUCAAACUGAAGAUUAUAGCACAAUCAUUCCAUAGUUUUCCACUGCCGGAAUGUCAGUGAUUCUCUGCGAACUGGAGUAAAUUGCAGAAAGGAGAAGAAAUAUCCUAAAUAUCAAAAAUGUUUGAACAUGGAGAAAAAGUAGAUGAAGGAAAAUCCCAAACAUUCCAUAGACUUUAAAGACACCCAGAUUUAAUCCAUAAUAUACUUAAGUCUUUAUCUUCUAUACACAAGGAACUAAGUAAAUACACCUUCUCGCUCUCGAAUGCACCUACACCCUGGCUGUUCCGUUUCACUUUUGGCUUCUGGUUUGACAACUUUGGCAGUAAAAGAGUCAAAAUACCAAAAACCAUUGAAGGUUGUGAUAAGUAGAAAUAAUGAGCUGUGUGGCUCGCUCAUGUUACGGCUAUAUUUUAUGUGAAGAAUGUUCCUUUUAGUUGGAUUGUGAGUCUAGUUAGUUCCAUGUUAAAACAAUAAAAUGGAAAUAUCUAUUUCCAUUAUAUUUAUAAAUACACUUCUUUGUGACAAAAUCCACAUCCUCCAGCUGGAGACAAGAAUUCUAGUUAUAGAAACGUUCAUCCACUUCGUAUGAUAUAUGAAUAGGGAAUAAAGAAGGAACAGCAUUUAAUCAUAACUCUGCAGCACUAGAUCAUGUUACUCGUUUAUAUUUUUAGGCUUUUUUUUUUUUAUUAAAUACCUAUAAUAAAUUCAAAGUCACAGUCAAAUUUUUUUCACUUGGGGAGUAUUUUCUCCACCACCAAUCAGUUUAGUGCUGCAACAAGAAAAUCCCAUUUAAAUAAAAGGCAUAAUUUACAGAAAGAGAAAAUAUACUUUUUAUCAUUAAGGCAUUUUCCUUCAGGUUCUUAUUUUUCGUUCAAUCAAGUUAGAGUUUUCACUCCCUGGAGGAACUCGGACAAUGAUGAAAGAGGCCUCUGUUGAGCUUUAUACCUUAAAAAAAUGGAAAGAUCCAUCUUAGAUUGAUUUUAUUCUACUUCAGACAUGUGCAUAUAGACAUGCAAAUCCUUUUGCUCAACAGCCAAUGUGGGUAGCGGUUUUCCAAAGCUACUAGCCACUCAGCAUUUUCAGUAGCCACAUUUUUUGUUGUUUGGAAUAAUUUGCUUAUUAUGAUUAAAGCUGCUACUUAUUGCCUUAAAACCUAAAUACAUUGUCAUUAUCAGACGCCCAGACCUUUCAGGUCCUUUGGCUUAAGUCUGCAUGUCCAGAACCAAAGAUGAAGAAGCAGCUUCUAGUUCUUAUUAUCCACUAAUUUGUAACAAACUCCCAGAAAACUUUAAAAGUACCAAAACUCACGGUUUAUUAAAAC